CUUCCGCACCAUAAAUGUGUGUUUGCUAUAUGAGGGAAAACACAGAGAAAAGAGGGAUUCAUGUUGGUGUUUAUUUGAGCUUUAGCCAAAUCCAAGCUGGGACGGCCGCGUUGGCGGGAACCCUGCACCCAAACCCCAGCCGCUCCCGCACCUCCCGCCAGUCACACAUGUACUGCACACACUCGCAUACCUGUCUGUCCCGGCCAUAUCAAGGUGUGUUUGUCUUUCCCUGCCCACGGCUUCAGGUCCUCCCAGGGCAGGUAUUUCCCUUCCGUACCCACAGACACACACACAUGAACUACAGAGGUGGGCUGUUCGUGGGCUGAGUGUGUGAAGCACUUGCAUUGAUAACCUGCAGCCCGGAGUGGCUCCGUCUCACUUUCGCGCCGUCCCCCUCGGCUAGAGCUCCCCUCGCCCUGCUCCGUCUCGCUUCUGGCUUCGUCUCACUCCCGGAGCAUCUGCAGCCCACCUCGGACCCCCGACGCCGUCGCCAUGAGCCCGCCGCUCUUCCUGCUGCUGCUGCUUGGCCUCACGGGAGCGCAGGCCACCACCGACCUCCGCAUGGCCGCCGCCAUGGCAGCCGGAUUGUGCAAGACUCGUCCCACAGACCUGGUUUUCAUCAUUGACAGCAGUCGGAGCGUUCGUCCUUCCGAGUUUGAACAGGUCAAGGUGUUUCUGACCAAGGUCAUCGAAGGGCUGGAUGUUGGACCCAACGCAACCCGCGUGGGAGUGGUCAACUACGCGAGCCGCGUCAAGAACGAGGUGUCCCUGAAGACUCACCGCACCAAAACCGGACUGGUGAAGGCCGUGACCAAGAUCGAACCCCUGUCCACUGGAACAAUGACGGGUCUGGCCAUUCAGUUUGCCCAGAACGUGGCCUUCAGCGAGGCCGAGGGCGCCCGCAAGUCUCCUGACAUCAGCAAGGUCGCCAUCAUUGUGACCGACGGACGCCCUCAGGACAACGUGAAGGACGUGGCUCAGCGCGCGCGAGACGCCGGCAUCGAGAUCUUCGCCAUCGGCGUGGGCCGCGUGGAGAUGAACACCCUCAGGCAGAUAGCCAGCGACCCCUUGGACGACCACGUGGACUACGUGGAGAGCUACAGCGUCAUCGAGAAGCUCACCAAGAAGUUCCAGGAGGCGUUCUGUGUGACGGAUCUGUGUGCCAGCGGGGAUCAUGACUGUGAACAGGUGUGCAUCAGCACCCCUGGAUCAUACAAGUGUGCCUGCAAAGAUGGCUUUACCCUCAUGGAAAAUGGCCGCAGCUGCAGCGGUUGCAGCAACGCAGCCACCGAUGUGGUGUUCCUGAUCGAUGGCUCCAAGAGUGUGCGUCCUGAGAACUUUGAGCUGAUCAAGAAGUGGAUCUUCCAGAUCAUUGAAAAACUGGAUGUUUCUGAAAGGAAUGUUCAUGUGGGACUGGUGCAGUACUCCAGCACAGUCAAACAGGAGUUUCCCCUGGGUCGCUACAACAACAAGAAAGAUUUGAAGGAGGCUGUGAAAAGGAUGGAGUUCAUGGGGAAGGGAACCAUGACAGGUCAGGGCCUCAACCAUAUUAGAGAAUCCAGCUUCACCCCUGCGAAUGGUGCCCGGCCUGGAGUCCCCAAGGUGUGCAUUGUCUUCACCGAUGGGCGCAGCCAGGACUACAUUGGAGAAGCCGCCAAGAAAGCCAAGGAGAGUGGAUUCAAGAUGUUUGCUGUUGGAGUGGGAAGUGCGGUGGAGGAUGAGCUGAAACAGAUCGCCUCUGAGCCGACUGCGGAUCACUACUUCUACACGGCAGACUUCAAGGCUAUCGGCCAGAUCGCUAAGAAGCUGCAUAUCCCCACCUGUCCCGAAGAAGACCCUUGUGAAUGUGACUCCCUGAAAAAGUUCCAAAAGAAAGUAGAAGAGGCGCUACAGGCACUAACAAAAAAAUUAGAGAGUAUGUCGAAAAGGAUCGCUUUGCUGGAGAACAAAAUCGUCUGACUACCUAAACACCGGUCCUUCAUCGACACGCACAUCGAACCCAUGCUUGAACGCAGAGAGCUAACUUUGUGUUCUAUGUCAAGCAGCGGCCGCUGUGUGUGAGCCUUUACCUCCUCGUGUAUCCUGAGUUCUCCCAAACCACCUCUGUCUCAUCCUUCUUCAGUCUUACCUCU